GACAGUGUGCUGUUCUGGGAGGACCAAUAGCACAUUGCCACCGGCGCCGCGUCUAGGAUUUGUUUACAUCCACACACCUGACACGCGGCCCAUGACACACUUGACACCCUCGACACCCUCUCCCCAGCCCCCGCACACCCUCAGAUACCACUAGGACAGACAGGUGUGGAGGAGCCAUCUAGAGCUGCUGGAUGGGCAAGUGAGGGCGGGGCAAGCCAGGUCACUGAGGAAGGGUCACCCGGAAGGGACGCAAGGACACAGGCAUGAUGGGAAGGUCGCAGACUGCCAAGGCGAGUCCUGGCAUGUCUAGUCCGCUGGGGGUGAAGAGUCUGCUGGUGUUCACAGUGCUGCUGCUGGCGUGGCUUGCCGGAUUCCUCUCCAGGCUCUUUGCUGUUAUACGCUUCGAGAGCAUCAUUCAUGAGUUUGACCCAUGGUUCAACUACAGGGCCACAGCACACAUGGUCAAGAAUGGCUACUACAACUUCCUCAACUGGUUCGACGAGAGGGCGUGGUAUCCCCUGGGCCGCAUCGUGGGGGGGACUGUUUACCCCGGCCUCAUGCUCACCUCCGGCAGCAUACAUUACAUCCUCACCAUGCUCAACAUUCCCGUGCAUAUUCGGGACAUCUGUGUAUUUUUAGCACCCAUUUUUAGUGGCUUGACAGCGAUAGCCACCUACUUCCUGACCAAAGAAGUGUGGUCCCCUGGUGCGGGGCUGUUCGCUGCGUGCUUCAUCGCUGUGGUGCCUGGCUACAUCAGUCGCUCGGUGGCCGGCAGCUACGACAACGAGGGCAUCGCUAUCUUUGCCCUCAUGUUUACUUAUUACCUGUGGGUCAAAUCAGUGAAAACCGGGAGUCUGUUCUGGGCGGCGAUGGCUUCCCUGUCCUACUUCUACAUGGUGAGUGCCUGGGGCGGUUACGUCUACAUCAUCAACCUCAUCCCCCUCCACGUGUUUGCCCUGCUGUUGAUGGGCCGCUUCUCCCACCGCCUCUACACCGCCUACACCACCUUCUACAUCCUCGGCCUCAUUUGCUCCAUGCAGAUCCCCUUUGUCGGGUUCCAGCCCAUCCGCACCUCAGAGCACAUGGCCGCUGCAGGAGUGUUUGCGCUGCUGAAUGCAGUGGCCGUGCUCAAGUACCUGCAGAGUGUCAUGUCCCGGGCAGAGUUCAGACACUUCUUCCUGGUGGCGGCGGGGACGGCGGCCGGUCUGGUGUUCCUGGUGGUGGUGGGGCUCACCUGGAUGGGGGUGGUGGCUCCCUGGAGUGGCAGGUUCUACUCUUUGUGGGACACCGGGUACGCCAAGAUCCACAUUCCCAUCAUUGCCUCAGUGUCGGAGCAUCAGCCCACCACCUGGUUCAGCUUCUUCUUUGACCUCCACAUCUUGGUGCCCACCUUCCCUGUUGGCCUGUGGUACUGCAUCAAGACUGUCAACGAUGAGAGAGUCUUUAUUGUGUUGUUUGCGGUGAGUGCUGUGUACUUCGCCGGGGUAAUGGUGCGCCUUAUGUUGACGCUCACCCCAGUGGUCUGCGUGCUGGGCGGCAUCGUCUUCUCUCGUCUCUUUGAAGUCUUCCUCAAGGAGGAGGAGCAGUCGCCGCCACGCACAGGAGACUCCAGUGAUGAGGAGGAGGAUGGUGAGAAGAACAACAAGUAUGAUAAGGCUGGCAAGCUGAGGAAGAUGAAACAUGAACAGCAGUCGAGCAGCGAUGGGCUUGGUGUCAACAUUCGUAGCAUGGUGAUCGUCGCUGUGCUGAUGAUUCUGAUGAUGUUCUCCGUCCACUGUACCUGGGUCACCUCGAAUGCGUACUCCUCUCCCUCCAUUGUGCUUGCUUCUUACGGCCAGGAUGGGUAACCGGCAAAUCUCGACGACUUCCGAGAGGCUUACUACUGGUUGGCGCAGAACUCGGCCAGCGACGCCAGGGUAAUGUCUUGGUGGGAUUACGGCUACCAGAUUGCGGGAAUGGCCAACCGAACCACACUAGUCGACAAUAACACGUGGAACAACUCUCACAUAGCGCUGGUGGGCAAGGCAAUGUCAUCCAACGAGACUGCAGCAUACCAGAUCAUGACGGCCCUGGAUGUCGACUACGUGCUGGUGAUCUGGGGUGUCAUUGGGUACUCCGGCGACGACAUCAACAAGUUUCUGUGGAUGGUGCGGAUUGCCGAGGGAGAACACCCCAAGGACAUCAAGGAGAGUGACUACUUCACUGACCGCGGUGAGUUCCGAGUGGACUCUCAGGGCUCCUCCACACUUCUCAACUGCCUCAUGUACAAGCUCUCCUACUACCGGUUUGGGGAGCUGAAGCUUGACUUCCGGACUCCCCCUGGCUUUGACCGUACCCGCAACGCUGUCAUCGGGAACAAGGACUUCAAGCUGACCUACCUGGAGGAAGCCUACACCACCGAACACUGGCUGGUCAGAAUCUACAGAGUGAAGAAACCAGAUGAGUUUAACCGCCCACGCAUCCCCAUACCCCAGAGGAAGGUGAAGAGAAAGAAUGUCUACCUCACAAAGAAGGAUCCUUAUAGUGAUCAUGACACCACCAAGAGGAGGCGAGGAUCCAUCAAGAACCGGCCCGUGGUGGUGAAGGGUCAGCGGCCGAGGUCAAAGCUUACCUAGGGGCGGCAAGGAUUAGGGCAUAGUUAAUUGGUCUGUCUGCAUAUUCUCUCUCUCUCUCUCUCUCUCUCUCUCUCUCUCUCUCUCUCUCUCUCUCUCUCUCUCUCUCUCUCUCUCUCUCUCUUUUUUCUUUUUUUUCUUUUCCUCAUUUUGUCCUUAUUUUUUCUGCACCAACUCCAUUUUUCUUAUUUGUCCUCCUCUUAUUCUUUUAUCUUUUUUUCCCUCAUCAGUUUUUCUUUACUUUCCUUGUUUCAGUCACAGCUUUUCCCCUCCAUGCCCUUGCUUUCCUUUCUUUGCUCUUUAGAAAAUCUUGUCAUUUGGUUGUAUUUCUCCUUCACUUCUCAACUUACAUCAAUUUCUCUUUCCCCUUUUUUUUUCUUCUCUUUUCAGCCUUUUCUCUACACUUCCAACAGCUAUCCAUAGUUUCACCUGCUUCUGCUCCUCUUUUUCCUCCCCCUUCAGCUCGUCCUCCUCUAUCUAUUUAUCUAUGUCUAUCUAUAACCUACAUCUAUAAUUACUUCUGGUAGUUUCCUCACUGUCACGUACGUGUGUGUGAUCUUGGUGCCUGAAAGAUGGUGUACUUCCACAAGGCUUAAAAAGGCGUGUGAUGAUGCUUGUCUGUGUUUUCUUUCAGCCAGGUGGUGUUUACGUUUUUCCUUUUCCCGUGGGGGUGUUUAUAAAGAGGUAUAUACAUUUACAGUGAUUGUAUUUAAAUAGCAAAAAAGUACGUUCGUGAGUAGCAGUGCACUUGGGAUCUCAGAAUGGAAGAUGGUGUUUUAGUUCCCUUGGUUCGGAUUCAGUAAAAGUGGAGCCAGAUAUGAAAGAAGAGGCGCUGUACUUCAGGUAAACAUUCACUGGAGAUCCAAUGCAAGACACCAAGGCUUCCAGAUGUCCCAAGGGUGAAGUUAGCAAAGGGAGUCAGCUAGCCGGCCUAACCUUAUGGCCUCAAGUCACCUCUCGCCUUAGCACAGGGACAAGGAUCUUCUCUGGGACGGUAGUGUGGGUGUCCAGUGUCCAAUGUCCAGUGUCCACCAACAUCUUGCCAUUUGAUUACUUGUUUUUGUUGUUUUUUGUUGCUUUAUUCGGUUUGCCUUCCUGCCAUGUUAUCUGAUCAGCAGUAGGUUUUGUUUCUGUCAGUUUUGAUUUGGAGCAUUCAGGAACAUUAUUGGUUUCCUUCCAGAUUACAAGGAAUGAUGUGUCUUUCUGUACAAGUGAUUGUGUUGUGUUGCUUACUCAAGAUUUCAUGCUUGAAGUUGAUUUAUGUCUUGUUCACUUGUGUUGGUUUUCUCAAGUCUGUGUGUGUGUGUGUGUGUGUGUGUGGGUGUGGGUGUGGGUGUGCAGGGCAGGGCUUGGCAGGGGUGGGCAGAGCACAGAGGGUGUGGGUACUUCUACACCCUGCACCAUUGUUAAGCUUAGGCAAUAUUGGUUAUGGUCACUUCACUCAUUUAUAAACCAUUACUCAUGAGUCCUUCACCGAUGGCCAAGGCUUGUGUGAGUCACUACCAAGGACCAUAACAAGGCCACGACAAGGGCAGUGGCACGAUGGGACUGUAGUGGUGGAGCAGCAGCCAAGGGAGUCACACAGGGAACUUAGCCAGGUACAUUCCUCCUUGCCCUUGUACAUAGCUGUGUGAGGCAUGUGUUUGUGUGUGUGUGCUGGGCUGUCAGUGCUGUGUUGCAGCUGCCAUCACAUGUGUUGCACGUCACCUUAGAGUGUCAGCAAGACUCCAUUUUUCAUCAUUCUGCUUUUGGACUAUUUUUCUGUAUAUUGUUGAUGAGGAAAUGACUCACAUGUGUUUAUAAUUGUUUAAAUAUGUAUAUUGUGAUGAGGUAUAGUGGAAUACAAAUACAUAUGGUUGAAUGUUUUUUUUUUUUUGUAAUGGCAAGAGCCGACUGCCACCUCUGGCCUUGGAACAUUAGUGAAACUCUUGAAAAUUGGACAAAUAUGCCCAUCUUUUUAAUGCAGGAAUAUUCUCAACUUUUUUUUCCUGCUGUUAAUGUCCUUCAUGACUAUCAAGGUGUAUCUAACCACUAAACAAAUGAUAAUGGCAAGAAAAUAAUGAAAAUAGUAUGUGAAAUCUUUCCUAACGUUUAAUAUCCAGAAAAAGAUUUAUAUACAGACAUUUUUUAUGCAGUUCAAGAUAUCAUCCUUCAAAAUGAUCAAGUGCAUCCAGUUUCCCAAGCAGAUGAAGAUAAUGAUGUCCAGAAAAACGUGAAAGGGAAAAAUUAUAUGCAGUCUUUCCAUAAAGAUCAUGUCCAGAAAAUAUUGAGAAUUAUAUAUAUAUGCAAACUUUUCCAUGCAGUUAUACAGUCUGACAUAAACCUUUGGAAUUAUUGGAGAAUAGUUUGACUCCAGACCUGUGAUGAGGAGGAAGCAUUACCCAUAACUCUAACUGUAGGGGGAGAGAAUGGAUACUCUAUAAAACUUGUGACCUUUUAUCUUCAGUCCCUUGCUGAAUCUGAUAGAGGAUGUAAAUGAGUGUCUUUUAAGUCCUUUAAUUUUCAUGUAUUCUCUUCUCAAAUACUUUAGCUUCUUAACUUCCUCUUAUUAUUUCUCUUUCUAUUCCUUUCAAACAUUUCAACUUCUUCCUCCCAUUCCCUUCUCUUCCCUUCUUCUCAAACACUCAUACAUCUUACCCUUUCAUCCCUUCUUUGGCUUCUUAACUUCCUCUCAUUAUUUCUCUUUCUACUCCUUUUCAAACAUUUCAAUGUCUUCCUCCCAUUCCCUUCUCUUCCCUUCUUCUCAAACACUCCAACAUCUUCCCCUUUCUUCUCUUUCUAUCAAACAGUAGCAUCUUAUCUCCCAUUCUCCUUCCUUGUACUCCUGCCAAACACACCAACUUAUCUUCCUCUCAUUCACUUUCCUUCCAUUCCUCUCAAACACUCCAACAUCUAGUUUUCCUCUUAUUUCCCUCUCCUCCCUUCUCAAACACUAGCUUCUUAUCUCCUCUCAUUCUUCUUCCUUCUAUUCCAGCAUCAUAUCCUCCUCUCUUCCCUUCCUCUCAAACGCUCUAGCAUCUCUUCCUCUUAUUCCCUUUCCUUCCCUUCCUAUCAAACACUUCACCACUCUUUCUCUUAUUCUUCUCCCAGCAUUCCAUCUUCCUCUCGUAGAAAUAAAAAAUGAUGGAAGAAAGGGCUUGUGUAAAUUCAGGAAUUGCUUUUCAGUUUGUAUUGGAAAGUAUUACAGUGUAGGGAUGAUUUUGCAGCACCAGUGGGGAACAAAAAAGGGGGGAAAAAAAAUCUGCAAGGACCCACUGAUAUGAUAAUAAGGGUUCUGCAGCAUCAGUGGGAAGAAAAUGCCCUUGAAAACCCACUUAUCUCUGAACCAAUUCUGAGAUACUUCUGUCCAUACCUUGACUUUCAAAGGACUAAUUGAUACACAGAUUUUUAAGAGUGUUUUCUAAUGGGUUUAGGAACAGAUUAACAAGAUUUAUCAUCAGGAGAAACACACUUGGAGAACCUGGCUGUGGUGAGAGAGUAAAAGCAUGUCCAAAAUACAAUCUAACACAGUAUACUAGACUAGCAAUCCCAUAUGGAGUGCCCUACACACACACACACAGUUUUAUCAGCCCCUUUGAACCCACUACCCACUAAUACACAGUUAUGAUCAUCUCUGUGGCCUUUGACAAGUUAUCAGCCCCUGCCUUAGAACAGUUUGGUAAUACAGAGUGAGGCAAGGUGUGGAGGUGACUUUUUUUUCUUUUUUCUCUUUUAUGCAGGAGGGGAAAGUGGCCAAUGAAAAAAAAAAAAAAAAAAAAUAAAUAAGGCCGGGAAAAAAAAAAAAAAAAAAAAAAAAAAAAGGCCGCAUCCUAUGUAGAGAGUGAUUCCGGUGCUGCAUGUGGUUGUUGGGUGUUGGGAAGAGUAUGUGAGCGUGUGUUGGUGUGUGGUAUUGUUAUUUUACCUAGUUAAUUUGAUAAUCUGUAUGUCUUCUGCUUACUUUUGUGUUUAUUUUGAUUGUUUUUUUAUUAUUCAUAUUGUUUUUUGUAAUUUAUUUAUCAUGAUUUGUUUGUAUGUAUUUAUUUGAUUGAUUGAUUCAUAUUUAUCUGGUCUUACCUGGAUAUACAUGGGCAAUAACUGAUGAAUACUUAAAUAUAUAUGAAAACUCUU